UUUCACUCAAUGUAUAUAUAAAAAAAUGAUUUUGAUUUUGAUUUUUUUGACAGAUUGACAAAAUUAUAGCUGACAAAUAUUACCAGUUUGGGUAUAUGCAUAAUAUGAUGUGAUAAAUCUGGAUCCAAGUUAUAACAGUUCGGAUUUUGGAUCCGUGACAUCUGAAUAUCCUCUCUCCCUCCAAACAUUAAAAAAAAAAUAUCCGUUUAUCAGAAUUCAGAAGUAGGUUUCGUGUAAUCGGGAGAAUUGUUUUUUCUUUUUCUUUUCUGUUUGAUGAAUCCACUACCAAGUGCUUCUGUCUCGUAGGCUCUCACGAUCGAUCAUGGGGGAUAACGAGACGGCGAGUAGUCGCAGCGUCAACAUCAUCUGCGAGGAAACAGUACGGUACUCUUUCGUCAGCCACCUCUCCGCCGCUUUACGCCGCGAAGGUAUCUCUAUCUCUGUGUUUGCGGAUACAGAUCUCGAUUAUCGGAAUCAGGGAGCUACUACGCUUUCGGUGGUAGUUUUCUCCGAGACCAACGCCUUCUCACUUACUUGGGUUGAUAAUUUCGCCAAGGUUCUUGAGCUUCGAAGGAACAACAACGGCCACAAGGUGACUCCAGUGUUCUACGGUAUUGAUCCAUCGGUUAUCGAUCAGGAGUGGAUGUUAAUGCUGCUGGAAACUGGUUAUUCAGCAGGGAACCAAUCAAGUGACGCUCAACUCGUGGAAGAUAUUGUCAGAGAUAUUUAUGGGAAGCUAUGUCCUACUGAACGAAUUGGAAUUUACACGAGGCUAAUGGAGAUUGAAAACCUGCUUUGCGAGCAAUCUUGGGAUGUCCGAAGAUUAGGUAUCUGGGGCAUGCCUGGCAUAGGCAAGACGACACUUGCUAAAGCAGUAUUUGAACACAUGUCCAGUGACUAUGAUGCUUCUUGCUUCAUCGACAGCUUUGAUGAACAGCUUCAUAAGGAGGGACCUCAUCGUUUGCUUGAAGAAAAUUUUGGUAAAAUUCUAGUAGAAAAAUUUGGGGUAAGCACUUCUUACAUGACAAGGCUGAGCCUCCUUAAGGACAAACUAUGUAUGAUAAGGUUUCUUGUUGUUCUAGAUGAUGUGCACAAUCCUCUGGUUGCACAGUCUUUCCUUGGAAGGCUUGAUUGGUUUGGUCCUGGAAGCCUAAUUAUCAUCACCUCUAAAUAUAAACAAGUGUUUUCACUUUGUCAGAUCAGUCAUGUAUAUGAGGUUCAGGGUUUAAACAAGCACGAGGGCCUACAGCUAUUCUCUAAAAUUGUUUUUGAAAAAGAUGUGCUAGAGCAGAAUGACAUGGAACUGUCAACUAAGGUGAUUGACUAUGCUAAUGGAAACCCGUUAGCUCUCUGCAUUUACGGCCGAGAGCUGAAGGAGAAGAAGUCAGAACUGGAGGCUGCAUUCCUCAAGCUCAAGCAAUUCCCUCCGAAAAAGUUUCAGGAUAGGCUAAAGAGUGUGUAUAGUGCACUUGGUGACAACGAGAGGGACAUCUUCUUGGACAUUGUUUGCUUCUUCAAGGGAGAAAAUGUCGACUAUGUGGUGCAACUGCUUAAUGGGUGUGGUUAUUUUCCACGUGUUGGAAUAGAUGUUCUUGUGGACAAGUGUCUGGUGACUAUUUCAGAAAACAUAUUGCACGUUACUGACCUAAUCCAAGACAUCUUCCGAGAUAUCAUGGCUGGAGAAAGAAUACAGAUGGAGAGGUGCACGACGCUUUGGCAACCAUCCAGCAUCAGAUAUCUACUAGAAGAUGAUGAACUCAGAGCAGAGGGAGAACCCAAAGAAUGUCAUAAAUGUCUUCUGGUUGCCGGAGACAUCGAAGGGAUAUGUCUGGACACAUCAAGCUUGAUAUUUGAUGUCAACCCUGAUGCCUUCAAGAAGAUGGUCAGUCUGAGAUUCCUAAAGGUAUACAACUCCUACUCUGAAAAUGUUCCACGGCUCAAAUUUCCCAAGGGCCUCAAUUCUCUGCCUUGUGAGCUAAGGCUCCUCCACUGGGAGAAUUAUCCUUUCGAAUACUUGCCUCAAGGUUUCGACCUCCAUGAACUUGUCGAACUUAAUAUGCCUUAUAGUCAGCUUAAGAAACUCAGGGCAAGAACCAAGAACUUCGAGAUGUUGAAGAGGAUCAGGCUUUGUCAUUCCCAGCAGCUAGUUGAAUUUGAUAUACCUUUUGAAGCUCAAAGUAUCGAGCUGAUUGAUCUCCAAGGUUGUACAAGAUUGGAGUGUUUUCCAGCCAUGACGACAUUACAGCAUCUCCGGGUUUUAAAUCUCACUGGUUGCAGAAAUAUUAAAACUGUGCCAGGGAUUCCACCACAUAUCGAGGAAUUAAAUCUCCAGGGAACUAGCAUAGAAGAGAUACCAAUAUCCAUUGUGGCCAGCUCCUCUCGACCAAACUGCAAAGAGCUUAUGAAUCAUAUGAAAAACUUCCCGGGUCUUGAGCAUAUCGAUUUGGAAAAGGCAAAAAAUUUGAUUAAAGUUAGCCCAUAUGAUCAAGGUUUUCGCAAGCUAGUCCGCUUGAAUAUGAAAGAUUGUUUUCAUCUGCGAAGUUUGCCUGACAUGUAUAAUUUAGAAUCUGUCCAAGUUCUUGAUCUGUCUGGCUGCUCUCACCUUGAGGAAAUUAAGGGUUUCCCAAGAAACAUGAAAGAGCUAUAUCUUGCUGGAACAAGCAUACGAGAAUUGCCAUAUUUUCCGGGAAGUCUAGAGUUCUUGAAUGCUCAUGAUUGUUACCUUCUGAAGUCAGUUUGGUUGCACUUUGAGCAGCUUCCUCGACACUACACAUUCAGUAAUUGUUUUAGUUUGUCUUUAGAAACAUCUAUUGAAUUUCUAGAGAAAGGCCUGACUAAAGUAAUUAAGUUACUCAAAGAACAAAAUCAGGAACACAUUAAAGCACCUGCAUUCAACAUAUGUUUUCCUGCAGACGUGUUUCCAGGGUUCUUUGAUUGGCAAGCUAGUGAAUUUGCUGUGGUAGAGCUUGCUCCUUUCACGCGAAAGGCUCUCUCAGGUUUUGCUAUGUCAGUUAUAGUAUCAUUUAGGGAUGAUUGCCACAAUGACGUGGGUUUGGGCAUUAGGUGCAUAUGCACAUGGGAGACCAAGGAAGGCCACUUAGAUAAAAUAGAGAAAGUUUUCAAGUGUUGGAAUCCGGCAGAAGCUCCAACAGUUGAAAGGGAGCACAUUUUUGUCCUCUAUGAUGCCGAAAUACAUCCAUGUGCUGGUGAAAGAAUGGGUCAAAAUAUGUCAGCUGAUGAAUUCAAAUUCGAAUUUCAGACAGUAAGUGGGGACAACAAGCCUUUAGGUGUUAAUUGCGUGGUGACAGACUGUGGUGUCGAGGUAAUUAUGAAUUCAAAAUUUGAUACAACUUUUAGCGCGGUUUCAAGGGCAAGUGUGGAUAUUGAGGAGGUUCCUCCUCAUAUUCCGAAAGAGCCAGAGGCAAAGAUCAGUUUUCCUCCAUCCAGCAAGCCAGCUAAGCUUUCUACUGUGGCUAGCAAGGUAAAAUCUAAGCGUUUUGUGUUUCCGGGGUGGGUAGGUUGUGUUCCGCGGGUGAGGAAAAUUAAAAGAGACAACAAAAAAGAUCUGAUGACACUAAUUUAAUCGACAGUAAAGGGUAACCUUUGUUGGAUUUUGCUUAUAUAUAUCCUCAAUUUAUAAGCUUCUUAUUUGAACUUAUCUUUCUUGGAGGCAUGUAUCGAGCGAAAAUGUUUGUUUUAACAUGUUGCAAUAGAUGUCCUACUCACUGUUCUACAAUUGUAUAUGAUUUUUACACUGAUAAUAAUAUUUGUACUGUUUCAGCUGCACUA